AGAAAAAAGAGGGUAACAAAGUCUAUGAUCCACACCACUGUAUGAAAGCAGGUCAACAAGAAGCCGCCAGUCGUACAGCCCAAACUCCAUAGCUGCUGAGCUGCAAAACAUGCAAGACAAAGGGAAGAAGAAACCUCAGAUAUCGCUACUUAUACAAACCACCUACGACAUCAAGUGAUUGUGUUUCGUCGUACCUACGACUCCCAACCCGUCCAAUCAGAGGCCGCCAGCAAAACCCAGCAGUGCAAGGCCUGCGCUGAAUCACCCAAUCCCAACCCGGAUUCAUACGCCGAGACCAAAAUACGAUUUUGAUAAACCAUUGAAAUCCGCCGCGUAACGGUCGACCAAGUCUGAGUUUUUAGGUGGGCACUGAUGGCAGCAGGACUGAGCUGCUGAGUGGAAACCCAACGAGGUAAAUUGGCACUCUCGACUAUGUCAAUUCGAAAAAUGGAGAAUUGGGUUUUGAUUUGAUUGAAAUUUUGAUUUUUGGUUUGAGAUUAUUAUUGUUUUCGGGUUCGGGUUCGGUUUCGGCUCGAUUUUGGUGGAAUUUGCGAAUUUGGAGCUGAAAUUGGUUCGGUGAUUGCUGUUUGGUGGUUGGGGGCAAAGAGAAAUGGAUGUGGUGGCUGAGUGCAAGAGAAAAUUGGCAUCCUUUCGAGUCAAAGAGCUUAAGGACGUUCUGACUCAGCUGGGCAUGUCAAAGCAAGGGAGGAAACAGGAUCUGGUUGAUAGAAUCUUAGCAGAAGUUUCAGAUCAACAUAGGUUCUUGGCAGCAUCCAAUGCACUCCAUUCAUCGAAGAAAAAAAUAAUUGAGAAGAAAGGAGUUGCAGAACUGAUUGAUGAAGCUUACAGAAAAUUGCCGAAUACAUCGUCAGCUGAUUCUGCUUCAAAGGAACAGAGUGGUUCAGACACCUGCAGUGUGAAACGUAAAAAGGAAGUUAAAACUUUUAAGGAUCCAGAUGUGAAGAUUUGCUGCCCCUGUGGAAGUGCAUUGUCUAAUGGGUUGAUGAUCCAGUGUGUGGACUCAAGUUGUCAAGUGCAGCAACAUCUUGGUUGUGUUAUUAUUCCAGAGGAAACAAGGGAUUUCAAUAUACCAGUUCGGCCUCUAUUCUACUGUGAACUGUGUCGUCUCAAACGAGCAGACCCUUUUUGGGCAACUGUGGUAGAUCUACUAUCUCCGGUGAAACUAGUUACUUCAAAUAUUCCAAUUGAUGGUGCAAAUCCUACUCAGAGUGUAGAGAAGACAUUUCUACUUUCUAGAGCUGAUAGAGAUCUACUAAAGGAUAAUCAAUAUGAUGUUCAGGCUUGGUGUAUACUUCUUAAUGAUAGUGUUUCAUUUAGGAUGCAAUGGCCACAGUUUGCAGAUUUACAGGUCAAUGGUGUGAAUGUUAGGACAGUGAAUAGACCUGCACAUCAAUUGUUAGGUGCCAAUGGUCGUGAUGAUGGGGCGUUAAUCACAAUAUACACUGGGGAGGGAAUCAAUAAGAUUUCGCUAUCGGCAUGUGAUAAUCGUGCUUUCUGUUUAGGUGUCAGACUAGUAAAGCGACGAACAGUUCAGCAGGUUCUCAACUUGAUUCCUAAAGAAGAAGAUGGUGAGCUUUUUGAAGAUGCACUAGCACGAAUUCGUCGUUGCAUUGGCGGUGGGCCUGCUGUGGCAGCUGAAGAUAGUGAUAGUGACCUGGAAGUGAUUUCAGACUCAAUAUCAGUAAAUCUCCGCUGCCCUAUGAGUGGCAGUCGAAUGAAGGUAGCUGGCAGAUUCAAACCUUGUGCCCACAUGGGUUGCUUUGAUCUUGAAACUUUUGUGGAGCUAAACCAACGCUCUAGGAAGUGGCAAUGUCCUGUAUGCCUGAAGAACUACUCUGUAGAGGACGUAAUCAUUGACCGUUAUUUCAAUCGCAUUACAACUAUGAUGCGAAAUUGUGGAGAAGACAUAGCAGAGAUCAAUGUAAAGCCAGAUGGUUCUUGGAGUGCAAAGACCAAAGGUGAGUUUGGUGAUCUUGCGCAGUGGCAUUUGCCCGAUGGAUCUCCAUGUGGUGAUAGUGGUUUAGAACCCUCGAGGAAGUUGAAGCUGGAAUCUGGUUUAAACGAAGAUAAUGGAGUGAAGUAUAAUUGGGUUACUGAAGUUCGUGGGCAUCAGCCUGACACCUUAGAGGAAGUAUUUGAGGGCUGUAGUCACAAUGUGAUAACAAUGAGCAGCAGUGACUCCAGCGGGAACCUUGAUUUCUCUGUAAAUGAGGACAAUGAAAUCAAUUCUGAUCCGACAUUUUCAAAUAAGAAUGGUGAUUCUGCUGAAGCUGGGAAUGCUGACGUCAUCAUUCUUAGUGACUCCGAAGAAGAAGAUGCCAAUUUAGUUUCUUCUGGAACCACCUACAGUACAUUUCCAGUAAGUGGAACAGAUCCUGGGUUCCAAUAUUUUGGUAAUGUCUCUGGUUCUUUCAUUGAUAGCACAUUGGUUCCAGCGGAUCUAAAUCCAAGCAGCCAAGUUAUGAACUCUUCUAUGUUCCAUGCUGAUGCUGGAUUGGACUUGAUUGAAAAUACCUUGCCCUUUGCUAGUGAGGACCCCUCACUGCAAAAUUUUCUUCCAACUCAGCCCUCGGCUUUGUUGGAAGAGUGUGAUUCUGGCCAACAUCCUCCAGAAUCAAACGGCAUUAGUGGGGACGACUGGAUCUCUCUUCGACUUGGCAGGGUUGAUGAAAAUGUUCCCAAUGCCUGCCCUGAACAUGUAUCCACACAUGAAGUACAGUUGAGUAACGAAUGUGGAUCAGAUGAAGCUACUCCUCUAAUUAAGGAUGGAACUGAUGAAGUUAGGUCUAACAAAGCAAAGUCACGGAAAUUUUCAGACGGACCUUUCUCGUUUCCUCGUCAGCCAAGGACUUUGAGGCAACGAGUGUAUCUACCAGUAGAAUCCAACUCUGAAUAGAAAAAGUUGUUGCUUGCUUGAGGUAACUUAUUUGCGUCGACUUGGUGAUAUUUUGAAGUUGCAGAAGCAUCGAUCCCUAUCCAGAAAUUUUUUACAAUUGGACAUAGCAGAAGUUUCACCAUUGUAACAUAUGCAGCGGUCCUCUCUCCGUACCACCUAGAAAGGGUUCAAUCUGUAAAUAGAAGGGGUUCGAUCUGUUAGGGUUUUUUGUUGUAAUGUACUGUUACUAGCAUCCAAUGCUUGUUCCUUAUGGGAGUAGCAGUGAGCAACCGUUGCAUUAGUGACGCUGGUUGUUGGACUUACAAUAAAAUUGCGAAAUUUCGGUUUA